GAAGAGGUAGAGAGUUGAGGUGACCUCUGUUUGGGGCGGAGGAAGAGCGCCCGGAGUGCCUCCAGGCCCCCAACAUCCCCAUCCCCCGCUCCGUCGGAGGGAACCCGGGUCUUGGGUGACGUCAGACUCCUGGAUGCUGGAGCCUGGGCCUUGGGCCCUCCAUCCGCACCUGGCGUUCCCUGGAAACUGGCCUCCUCCUCCUGGGGAUGGCUCACGUGCCCGGGGAUGGGGGCGACUGGAGGCGGGUUGACUGUCGCCUUAUUUGAGUCCUUCCUCCCAAGAGGCUCCUGCAGUUCAGGACAAAGAGGUGUGGGCAGGCCACUGGGCUGGCUGGUGCCAUCAUGGCAGAGAAAGUGAACAACUUCCCACCGUUGCCCAAAUUCAUCCCACUGAAGCCAUGUUUCUACCAAGACUUCGAGGCAGACAUCCCUCCCCAGCAUCUCAGCAUGACCAAGCGCCUCUACUACCUCUGGAUGUUGAACAGCGUCACGCUGGCCGUGAACCUGGUGGGCUGUCUCGCAUGGCUGAUCGGAGGCGGGGGAGCCACCAACUUUGGCCUCGCCUUUCUCUGGCUCAUCAUCUUCACACCCUGCUCCUACGUCUGCUGGUUUCGGCCCAUUUACAAGGCCUUCAAGACUGACAGCUCCUUCAGCUUCAUGGCAUUCUUCUUCACCUUCAUGGCCCAGCUGGUCAUCAGCAUCAUCCAGGCUGUGGGCAUCCCAGGCUGGGGCGUCUGUGGCUGGAUCGCUACCAUCUCCUUCUUCGGAACAAAUGUUGGCUCAGCGGUGGUGAUGCUCAUUCCCACUGUCAUGUUCACGGUCGUGGCCGUCUUUUCCUUCAUCGCCCUCAGCAUGGUUCAUAAAUUCUACCGGGGCAGUGGGGGCAGUUUCAGCAAAGCUCAGGAGGAGUGGACCACGGGGGCAUGGAAGAACCCGCAUGUGCAGCAAGCGGCCCAGAAUGCAGCCAUGGGGGCGGCCCAGGGUGCCAUGAAUCAGCCGCAGACUCAGUAUUCCGCCACCCCCAACUACACGUACUCCAAUGAGAUGUGAGCCAGCUGAGCCUACUGGGAGGCAGGGCUGGGGGCCAGUGGGACAGGGGCUCAAGCCACAUCGUCUGUUGUGGUGACCAAGCAGGGUUCCCCCUUCCCUUUUCUCCUCCCCCACUUUGUACAAAGAAUCAGAGUUAUAUAUAUAUAUAUGUAUAUGUAUAUGUAUAUGUCUACCCCCUCACCCCCCAACACACACCCUUUGGAUUCUGCUCUCAGCACUCUAAGAGCUGUGGGCUGUGAAGGGAGCUGUCCUGUGUGGUAGUAGCUGUGUCCGUGUCCCCCUGUGAAAUAGUGUGCAGUGAAGGUCUCUGUUGUUGUGGUGCUAGAUGUAUGUUUAGAACUAAACCAGCCCUCCAUCCUCCACCAGCCUGCCCCUUCUGACCUUGACCCAGGAACCCAUCAUGGGGCAGGGGGAGGCAUAGCAAAGAGCCUGGCCCCCUCCCCAGGGUUAUGAGCUGAAACUGUUUCCACUUUUGGUCUUACUGGGAAGCAACAGUAUUUAGCACUCAUGGGGGUGGUAGGUGGGAGUGUGGGACAGGCAGGGGAUCUUCCUUUGCUCCUUCUUAUCCGAGUCUCCUCCCCCUCAACCUCCUCCUCCCCUUCAACCACCUCCUCCUCUCCUCUCGUCCUGCUGUCAGAUUCCCUGUGGUCUCUUCUCCCGCCCAGGGUCUCUCUCUUCCCUAUGUGGCUUUUCUUUGUCUUCCCCAAGGCUGAGUGUCCCAGUUGUAUCUGCUCCUGAGACUGAGCCCAUUCCCAGAUCAAGGAAGCAGACAGGGAAGCUGAGCCUUAGCCCUGAUGUGAGAGGGCACAUAGCCAGAGAUGCAGAGCCCACCUGGGUACCUGACUCCCAGGGACUGGAAAUGCAGGAUCAUCUCCUUGACUCUCAGAGCUUGUCCUGCAGCGGCAGGCUCCUCUUUUCGCUGCCCUGCUUCCCCUCCUUCUCUUCCCAGAGACCCUUUGAGCCCCUCUGCUUAUGUCCCUCCCUGUACCCCCAGCUGCUGUGGCUUGAUUCUUCUACCUUCCCCCACCACGUGCCCAGUGGUGUCUGCUGUCCACAAGGGCAGAUUCCACUGCCUUCCCUGAAGAGCUGGAUGGUGUCCAGGCAAUUUUCAGGUAUAAAGGUACAGCUGGAGCAGAGGGUAUGUAAAUAAUUAUUGGUCCCUGGGUGAGGUCUGGCUGGCCCAAGCCCUCUGGGCAGGUGCUAGGUAUCUCUGAAGGACCAUUGGAUUCCUGGGAGCAGUAGCUGUUCUGUUUGGGUCUGGCUCAGAGGGCUGGGCCUGGAGGGGAGAGCAGAGAAGACAGGCAGGGCCCAGUGAGAGGGGAGCAUGCCUCUGCCACCCCAGCUUGCUCUUGGUCACAGGGCAGUUCUGGGCAUUUGAACUCAGGGCUCAGGGAGAAGCACAGGCCCAAUCCUGUCCACAAGCACAAUGGCCAGAAUGGGAUUUCAGGGUAGGUGGGGUGGGAGGGGAGGCUUUCCAGCUUUUUCUUCCUUUUUUUUUUUUUUUAAUGAAGAUUACUUGCUCCCCUCUGCCUACCAGACUUGGUUCUUGGCCCUUCCUCACCCUAUCAGAACCCCUUUCCUUUCCAGCACAGUGAUUUCAGGCCUGUGGGGCUGUUCUAUUCCAAGCAUCGUGAGAAUGUUGCUGGUGGAGGCCCUGGCUCUCUCUGAGGCCUGUAGGGGAGUGGGUUCCUACCCAAGUAGCAGCUGCCUGUUUCCCACGCCCACUUCUACCUGGGCUAUUUGGCCUGAAAACGAAACCCCACUUGGCCACUCUGGGCUGGCUCCAGCUUAGAACCCAACCCCUGGGCUUCCUGGUGCCAUCCUGAGCUUUGGGCUGCAGGUACUUCACUUUCCUGUAAGAGGAGCCAGGAUCUCCGGAAAGUUCUCUUCCUAAUGGUCCCUUAGGCUUGGGCCAGAGUGUGAUUGGCUCUCUCCUCUAUCACUGUCUCUCUGGAAAGCAGUCACAGCCCCUAGUACCUGAAGAGAGACCCAGGUCUAGGCUCUUCCUCCACUUCCCUCUCCCCCACCCUAGACCCCUGGCUCCCUUUCUCUUAGUCUCUCUGGUCGCUCCAGGAGGCCUGUGAUCCAGCUGCCAGCCCAACAUCCAUGACCUGUUGGAUGCCACCUCCAGUCGAUCUCCUGUCCUCUCUGCCUUUCCUCUUUCCUGGCUCAGACCUAUAUGGUCAUGCCCUGGUUCUGCCCUUGGGAAGGCCUGCUACCUGUGUGUGCCCCAGCUUGUCCAGGCCCUGGGAUGCUGCAUCUCCAGGCAACUAUGCACUUUCCAGGGAGGAACCAGUAUGAGAAGUGGGGGCUGGGCACAGAUUUAACUCUGCUGGAUGGUCUGGCUUGGGGGUGGGGUGGAGGAAGGCCCAGGUCAGUUCUGGGAAUCCUCAGGUCUGCAGCCAGCCAGUGACCUGCCUUUGCAUUCUGCUGGUGCCCACUGCUCCUUGUUUCUGGGAGACACAGACCAUUCUCCAAUUGGCAGUUGACCUGCCUGAGCCAAUGUGUCUGUCUGUGGUAACUGAGUGAAUCAUAAUAAAGGGGAACAUUUGGCCCUGCGUG